AUGGAUGACCAUCCCGUGGAGUUCGCUCCUAUCAUAGAGCGAAGCCCAACCGCCAUUGAGGAGCAUCCCCGACUGGAUCCCUCAAGCCCUGAGUUCGACCACUAUCGAUGGGCGCAGACAGUACUAGAACAUGUCAAUGAAGCUGGCAUCGAAAUUCCCCACCAGGGCAUCGUCUUCUCGAAUCUCUCGAUCAGCGGUUCUGGCUCUGCGUUACAAUUCCAAGAGACAUUGACAUCGGCCCUGACCCUUCCCUUUCGCUAUGCCAUACGAUCUUUGACCGGCCACGUGACCCCCCCACGACGCAUUCUCCAAAACUUUGAUGGUCUACUACAGGGCGGCGAGCUUUUGCUCGUUUUGGGUCGUCCAGGAAGUGGAUGUACCACUUUCCUGAAAACCAUCACCGGUCACCUGGGAGGCUUGAGGAUGGACCCGGAAAGCUCGAUCCACUUCGAAGGGAUCUCUUUCGAGGAGAUGAUCAAACACCAUCGCGGCGAAGUAUCCUAUAACAAAGAGGUGGACCUACAUUUUCCGCACUUGACAGUGGGCCAGACCUUGUCGUUUGCCGCUCAUGCUCGCGCUCCGCACCUGCGGAUCCAAGGGUUGACUCGUAAUGAGUAUGUCCAGGCACUCGUUGAGGUAGUCAUGUCAAUCUUCGGCUUAUCGCAUACCUACAAUACGAAGGUGGGCAACGAAUUUAUACGGGGUGUGAGUGGUGGCGAGCGAAAGCGAGUCAGCAUUGCCGAAAUGUUUUUGAGUCGGUGCCGUGUGGGAGCGUGGGACAACAGUACGCGCGGUUUGGAUGCAGCUUCGGCUCUGAAAUUCGUUCGCAGUCUGCGAACUGCAGCGGAUAUUGGAAGUUCUUGCCACGCAAUCGCUGCAUACCAAGCGUCUCAGUCGAUGUAUGACCUUUUCGACAAAGUAGUGCUUCUCUAUGAGGGCUAUGAGAUCUAUUAUGGACCCCGAGACCGAGCUGUUUCCUACUUUGAGGAUAUGGGCUGGGAAAAACAGGAACGCCAGGUUAGCGGCGACUAUCUAACCGCUAUCACAAACCCUAACGAGCGCCAAGUCCGACCGGGUAUGGAGGAGAAGGUGCCACGAACCGCCAAGGAGUUUGCUGAGUUCUGGAAAAACAGCCCUGAGUACCAGGAUUUGCAGAAAGAAAUUACGACCUAUAAGCAAGAGCACCCUCCGAAUGGUGACAGCUUUAACCAACUCCAGGUCAGCCACAGACAACAACAGGCUAGUCAUACCCGCGCCCGCAGCCCUUACUUGCUUUCUAUUCCCAUGCAGCUUCGGCUCUGUAUCCGCAGAGCGUAUCAGCGAAUGCUCAAUGAUCUGCCUACUGCAAUUUCACCUCUAAUUGUUCAGCUAAUCCUGGCUCUGAUCAUUGGAUCAGUCUUUUACAACACCCCGGACACCUCAGCUUACUUCUUCCAGAAGGGCGCUGUGUGCUACUUUGCCGUACUCAUGAAUGCUUUACUCACCAUUAAUGAAAUUCUUCAGCUAUACACUCAACGUCCUAUUGUGGAGAAGCAAGCUGGCUAUGCCUUUGUUCACCCAUUUACAGAGGCGCUCGCCAGCAUUGUGGUGGAUCUUCCGAUUAAGCUUGCGCGAAUCUCCAUUUUCAGUAUUGUCCUAUAUUUUAUGGCCAACCUACGUCGAGAAGCCGGCAAUUUUUUCAUCUUCUACCUGUUCUUGAUCUUCGCUGUUUUGACCAUGUCUGGUCUCUUCCGCAGCUUGGGAGCCCUGACUAAGUCUUCUGGUCAAGCCAUGGCCUUCGCAGGUAUUCUCGUUCUCUGCAUUGUCGUCUAUACAGGGUUUACCCUGCCACAGCCAUAUAUGCACCCGUGGUUCGCUUGGAUUCGAUGGCUCAACCCAAUCUACUAUACCUUUGAAUCUUUGAUUGCCAAUGAAUUCCACGGUAAGAAUUUUGAGUGCACAUCUGUCAUUCCAACGUAUGCCACAGGAACAUCCUUCGUGUGUUCUGCUGUAGGCUCAGUGGCUGGCCAGCGGUAUGUCUCCGGUGAUGCCUUCAUUGAACAGAACUAUCAAUAUUCCUACUCGCAUAUGUGGCGCAAUUUCGGCAUUCUCAUUGCGUUCAUGGUCUUCUUCAAUAUUCUAUAUUUGGUGGCAACUGAGUUCAAUUCAAGUGACAAGUCCAAGGCUGAAGCCCUCGUGUUCCGGCCGGGUCAUGCUCCGAAAUACUUAUAUGCUGGACAGGAUGCUGAGACUGUGGCCAACGAUCUUACCAAGCUUGAGGUUCAACCUACCAAUGAUACAAUCCACCUUCCGGAGCAGACCGACGUCUUCUCCUGGAAAGGCCUGAACUACGACAUUCCUGUCAAGGAAGGUACUCGGCGACUGCUGGACAACGUGAAUGGCUGGAUCAAGCCGGGAACUCUGACAGCAUUGAUGGGUGUCUCGGGAGCCGGAAAGACUACUUUGUUGGAUGUUCUUGCGCAGAGAGUAUCAAUUGGCGUGGUUACUGGUGAUGUAUUGGUCAAUGGACAGCCGCUAAUGCCCGACUUUCCACGUCGGACUGGGUACGUGCAACAACAGGAUCUACACAUGGAUACAACAACCGUGCGAGAGGCUCUUCGAUUCAGUGCAGUUCUACGUCAGCCAUACAGUGUGCCCAAGAAGGAAAAGUACGAAUACGUGGAACAAGUGAUCAAGGUCCUUGGCAUGGAGGAAUUCGCUGAAGCGGUAGUGGGAUCUUUGGGAGAGGGCCUUAAUGUUGAGCAACGGAAACUGCUCAGCAUCGGUGUCGAACUCGCUGCAAAGCCUACUCUCUUAAUCUUCCUCGAUGAACCCACGAGUGGCUUAGACUCCCAAAGUUCGUGGACAAUCUGUCAAUUCCUCAGAAAACUGGCAGACCACGGUCAGGCUGUGCUCGCGACAAUCCACCAGCCUAGUGCAACUUUGUUCCAAACCUUCGACCAUCUCCUCUUCCUGGCCAAAGGUGGCAAGACCGUAUACUUUGGCGAGAUUGGAAAACAAUCCUCCACUCUUCUGGAAUACUUCGAGCGCAAUGGUGCCCGGGCCUGCGGAACACUAGAGAAUCCCGCCGAGUAUAUCCUGGAUAUGGUCGCCGGAGACGGUUGUCCCAACGUUGAUUGGCCUCAGGCCUGGAACAACAGCGCAGAAUAUCAAGAGGUCCUCGCAGAAGUCGAUCGUCUUCAUUCAGCCAAGGGCUCCAGUGGUGAGCUUUUGACUGACCGCAACAAUAAUAGCGACGCCGAUAGCACUUCUGAGUUCGCUGCGCCUCUGUGGGUUCAGCUGUGGGUGGUGCUCGAGCGUUGCUUUCAAGGCUAUUUCCGCCAACCAGAAUACAUAUAUGCCAAGUUUAUUCUCGGUAUUAUUUCUGGUCUCUUCAUCGGCUUCUCAUUCUUUCAGGCAGACAACUCCGAGCAAGGUUUCCAAAAUGUGAUCUUCAGCAUCUUCCUACUGUGUACAAUUUUCAACACUCUUUGCAAUCAGAUCAUGCCAAAAGUUGUCGCCCAACGUUCCCUUUACGAAGUACGCGAGCGGCCAUCUCGGACCUACUCAUGGAAAGUAUUCAUCCUUUCACAAAUACUAGUGGAGGUCCCUUGGCAGGUCUGCCUUGGUAUAUGCUCCUGGGCAUCAUUCUACUGGGCUGUCAUAGGUACAAGUCAGACAGGCGAGCAACGAGCUCUUAUUAUGCUAUUCAUUAUCCAGUUUUAUAUUUACGCUGCCAGCAUGGCCCAAUUCGUCGUGUGCUCCGUCCCUGAGCCAACUCUUGCCGCUAUGCUCGCAACCCUCAUGUUCGGUCUAUCAUUUAUCUUCAACGGAGUGAUGCAGCCGCCCAGUGACCUCCCACAUUUUUGGAUUUUCAUGUACCGCGUCUCCCCAUUCACCUACUAUGUCGGUGGUCUCAGUGCCACUGCACUCCAUGGUCGCUCGGUUGAAUGUAGUUCUGCUGAACUCGAUGUUUUCGACCCACCGUCGGGCCAGACUUGCUAUGAGUACAUGGCAAAGUACCUUGAAACGUCAUCAGGUGCAAUCUAUAACCCCAACGCCACCGCAAACUGCGAGUAUUGCAGCAUGACCUCUUCAGAUGAAUACCUGGCGACCCGCGAAAUCUACUGGGGAGAAAGAUGGCGUAACUACGGUAUAUUUUGGUGCUAUUUUGUCUUCAACAUCUUCGGGGCAAUCGUGUUGUAUUAUGUCUUCCGGGUAAGGACCUCGAGGGCCAAGGUCGCGAAGAAAUAAGUUGCCUCUGCAUAACAUUCUCUACAGAAGUUUUCUUAGUGUAUAUACUUCACUCUCUUGUGAACAG